GACGCUCAGAUCUUCUGCAGACAGCAUCAUACUGAUCUGACCAGUGUGAGGAAUCAGACUGAGAAUCAACAGAUUCAGAAGAUCAUGAAUGACAAACACAUAUCUGAAGUCUGGAUUGGUCUGUUCAGUGACUCAUGGGAGUGGUCAGAUAAAAGUGAAUCUGGAUUCAGAAACUGGCAUCCUAAUGAACCAAAUAAUCCUUAUACUGAAAAAUGUGCAGAGUUCAAUCCGGGUCAAUGGAAUAAUGUGGCUUGCAGUAACUCUCUGACCUUUGUGUGUUAUGAAGAUAAUCUGAUAUUGAUCCAGAUGAAUCUGAGCUGGUCUGAAGCUCUGAGAUACUGCAGAGAGAAUCAUGUGGAUCUGGUUUCAGUUGAUUCAGAGGAGAUUCAGUUCAUGGUGACAGACGUGAUUCAUCAGUCCUCUACUGACGCCGUGUGGAUGGGGUUACGUCACUCCUGUGCUGUUGGUCUUUGGUUCUGGGUGAAUGGAGAGAUGGUCUGCUAUCAGAAUUGGGCUUCAGGGAACGGGACAUCAGAUGUGAAUUGUGACACUGUAAAAUCUGGAGCAGUUCAGUCUGGAGGAGAUCAUCUAUGGAUCAGCCGCCCUGAAUCUCAACAACUCAACUUCAUCUGCAGCAGCAAAGAUAAUUAAUAAAAUUAUUUGUGUCUAUCAUUUCUUUUUUGUUAAUUUUCUGAUUUUCAUUUAGUUUUGUUCUUUAGCAUUAGGGUCCAUUUAUAAACAUAUUACAGAUAAAUAUAACACUAUGACUUAGUUCAGAAUCAUUUCAUGUAUACUAAAAAAGAUUUAUUUUAUUCAUGUUAAUCUCCUUACACAGUAUAUUUUCUUAUGUUUCUUUAAUAACUGUUGAAUUAUACGAAAUAAAUGUGUUAUAUUUUGGGAGUGUGUUAAAGUUCAUGAUAUUUACUCAUCAGAUGUCACUUCUGUUCUGUUUCAUGUGUGAUUAAU